CAUCAGCGCCCGCCUUGAUCGCACUGAGCAACUCCGACCGCAGCACAUUCCGCCCACCAUGUCGACGCAAUACGAGAACCUGAGCAGCGACCUCGUCUGGGAGGUGACCCGCAACAGCAACUCCUUCCUCGUCAAGCGCCGUCUAGGAUCGGGCAAGCAGGUCGUCUUCUCUCGCGAUCCGCUGAACCUCGUCAACAAGCACUCGCGCAAAUAUGUCGGAUACGCCAACGAGAAGGCCAUCGGCAUCAACCCUGACGGAAACACCGUCACACUGACCACCAAGCUCGCCUCGCGUGGCAACAAGCCAGCAAAGCAAUACCAAACCUCCUCCUUCUCCGCCUCGACUCCUUCCCGCAAACUCUACACCAGCAUCGUCAACUCCACCGCCAAGAAGGGCUACCGACCAGACCUCCGCGCCGAGGCCGUCUCCCGCGCAUCCGCCGUCAAGCAGAGCCAGCGCGAGAACAAGAAGGACCGUGUGAGCAAGCCACGAGGAAAGAAGGCCCAGGGUGCGCAGGGUAGCCAAUUCUUGAAGUUGACUCCUGAGGAGAAGUAGAGCGUGGCUUUUCUUUGAUGCGUGAUUGGAAGAGAGCGGGAAUCUUGCAGCGAGGGCUGGACAUGGCAUUUUGUCGGCUAUCAGGGUCGCCGAGAUAGAGAGCUCGACCAACGUCAAAUGAGAAAUGUGCUGAACAAGAAGCGCAGUAUGAAAUUUGCUUCUCCUGUUCCUGGGUCAGCCCGCUUUUGCGGGAACGAUAACUGAUGUGCAGAGUAGAGAGAUGAGCUGGACUAAAAUACUGACUAGAGUUCUAGAGCGCGAGGAAAAGCACAGGAGCCGCGCGCCAUGCAAUCACCAUCCAGCAUACAUGUUCAAGAUAUAUUCCACGAAUCGCAACGCUCGCUUCUGCCUAGUUGGUCUAAUCGACAGGUCGUACUGAACAGAAUUCUCGGCUGUGGCACGGCACAUACACCUGUGCACCGUUUUGUACGGUGAAAAGUGGCGUGGAACGUGGUGUCUCUAGCAGGCAGGAUGCGAAUGCUUUGCCACUUUGAUGCUAGCUUUAUCCUCACAAGGAAACACAGAACUCCAGGCCACUACAACCUUUUGGAGCUGAGCGACCAUUCCGGUAGGAACUUGUCUUUUUGGCUGCACCUACCCGCGGACUUUGGGCUUCAUAUGCGCCUUCCGGGCUGACAU